AUGGAGAGAGAUUUAAAAAAUAAAGUAGUUAUAGUCACUGGAGGAGCAGAUGGCAUAGGAUAUGCAAUUUGCGAGAAAUUCUUAAAAAGUGGAGCAAAAGCAGUUAUAAUUGUAGACAUAGAUGAUAAAAAAGGUUCUAAAGCUGUCAAAAAUCUUUCAAAACUUGGAAAUAAAUCGGUUUUCAUCAAAUGUGAUGUGACUAAAGAUUUGGAAGAAGUUUUCAAGAAGAUUCUAGAACAACAUAAUGCUGUUGAUGUUUUAGUAAAUAAUGCUGGUAUUGUUGAUGAAGUUUGUCCGAAAAGAACACUUGGACUCAACACAGUGGCUCUUAUAGAAUGGUCUAUGAAAUUGUAUGAGCAUAUGAGAAAAGAUAAAGGAGGUAAAGGCGGGACAAUUGUGAACAUAGCGUCCAUGUAUGGCGUCGUAGUGGAUCCAUUUCAGCCAAUUUAUAAAGCGUCAAAGUACGGCGUUAUUGGCUUCACCAGGACUUUGGGCCAUGAGUUGAAUUUUGAAAAAUUUGGUGUUAGAGUUGUUGCGGUUUGUCCAGGGUUUACAGAAACAGCAUUAACCGCAAGGCUUCCGGAGCAAGAAAUGCUUCUAGAUGUAAAAGAAGAGCUAAAUGAAGUUAUUGCAAAGAUGCCAUGGCAGAAACCUGACGCUGUAGGGAGAGCUACGGUGGAAAUAUUUGAAAAAGCUGACAGUGGUACAGUUUGGAGUAUUAUAGGCGAUGGUCCAGUGGAUUUGAUACCAGGUUGUGAAAUAUCUAUGUAGAUACCAAGAAAUUCUGGACAUGACACGUAAUACGUUAUACAUAUAUUGGUAAUAAAAAUUCUUUAUUCCACAAAGGAAAUACACAUAAAACACAAGUUACAAAGUACAUAUAUUAUACAACGGUGAGCUUAUCUCUUGAAGAUAUCUCUUCCAGGUAACCCUAGCCAUGGUGUAAAAAUGAAGUUUGCGAUAUUAAUUACUGUACAAUAAAAUUAAAAUUUAAAUGUGAAUAAAACAU